ACCAGGCAACAAGACGCCACACCCCGUUCCCCUUCCCAAACCCUAGGCGACGCGACGACGACGACGUUCGAGGCGAGGGCGCUAACCCGGCGGAGGCAAUGCCGCCAGGAGGAGGAGGAGGAGGAGUAGGAGAAGGUGGAGAUGGAGGAGACCACGGGCACAAGGAACCGGCGUCCACCCACGGAGACGGAGACCAAGACCAGGAGGACCCAUCUCGUUCUUCUCUGUUGCCGCCGUCAUCGCUGCCGGGCCUCGCCGUUGUUCCCGUAGAGUCUGAGAAUAAGAAGAGGAAGCACGAGCAGGCCCAGGUGUUCAUCCCGGAGGGCGUCCUCAUGGAGAUCCUGUCGCGGGUGCCCUACCGGUCGCUAUGCCGCUUCAAGUGCGUGUCCAGACCAUGGCUCGCCCUCUGCUCCGACCACGGCGUCCGCAAGAGGUCGCCGCAGACGCUCUCGGGCUUCUUCCAUUUCAACCGCGGCUGGCGCUUCCACAACUAUUUGUCUGGGAAAGGCCCUCCCAUGGUCGACCCCGGCCUCCCUUUCUUGCGCGGCACAUACGGACACUUUGAGGUCGAACAAUGCAGCACCAGCCUUCUCCUCUGCAGAUGCUGGAAAGCGCCCCAUCCUAAGCUACUCGGAUGGAAUUCGUUUCCGAAAGGCAGGGCUGUUGAGCGCUUCAGAUGGGGGGCUGAGGCUGAUCAAUUCGAUUAUGUCGUCUGCAAUCCUGCUACUCAGCAGUGGGCUUUGUUGCCUCCUGUUCCUCCUGUAGAAUUGCACAACCAGAAGCAGGCAGAUGAUGACCUUUUCCGUGCCAUCACAGGCCAUUACUUUUUGGGUUCUGAUCCAGCCGUUCCUUCACGCUUUGUGGUGUUUGUGCCCGUAUUUGGCAUUGGCCUGCCGGUGACAUGGAUCUACUCAUCAGAAACCAGAGGAUGGACUUCCAUCCGGUGCCAGUUGGAUGCUUAUGUUAAUAAUCCACGGUGCUUCUUUCUGAAUGGCACCAUCCUUUAUUUUUGUAACUUUCUUUCAAUAGUCACAGUGAACAUGGAGGGAAAUGUGUGGCGGGAAAUGAAAUUGCCACCUGCCAUGACAAACAUAUAUCUUGGUCCUUCCUUUGGGCAGUCCCAAGGAUGCCUGUAUGCUUGGCGGACGGACGAUUGCCAGCUCUCUGUUUGGGCUCUUGAGAACUAUGAUACUGGACAGUGGACCCUAAGGUGUACUGUUGGCUGCCUUGAACUGUUUGGAAGGGAUUGUCGCAAAGAAAAUGAGGUCUACUGGAUGUUUGCAAUUCAUCCAGAUUGUGAUUUGAUUUUCCUUACUGACGGAAAGGAGAAGACAUUGUCAUACGAUAUGAAUAACAAAAAAGUGCAUGUUAUUUGCGCUUCUGGAGAUUUCCCGGUCUGAUUGCGUUGUGUAAACCAAGAUAGGUAUUUUAUGUUUACGGACGGCUUAGAGUGCACAAUGAUACCAAGCAGAAAACAGGGAGCACUUCUGACAUUCUUCACUUGCAUUAUCCUGGGGGAACGUUGGGCUUGUAAUGUCGAUCACGGUCUCGGAAAGUGGCAACAACUGGUUCUCGCUUAUGAUCUUAAGCCCCUUGGAGGGAGUGUACUAUUGGACAAAACUCAAAAGCAUAGAGGAAACAAGAGAUCAAGGUCAAGAUGGCCUUCUAUGAUGAUGACGGAAAUAUAUCCGAGGUUCUCGCGGGGGGGACCUGCAGGUUGAGCAGAUGAGGAAGGAGCUCAGGUUCAGGGUGGGCUGGAGCCUGGAGGCCGUUGGCAGUGAUCCAUGACAUAUUUUCAUCACCACAUGCGCAAAGGUGUGACAUGGACUAUCCAGGAGUCUGUCUCGGCAAGCCAUUGCCUGCAGCGUAAAUCAAUCGUCGUACCGUGGCCUUUGUCGCCCCACGUAGGCAGGCGGUACAAGGCGCUGUCGGAGUCGUCAUCAUCUGAUUACUUCUACACGCUUUUGAUUUGUGACGAUGAUCACGUCUCCUGGUUGAUUGUGCAUCUGAAUUCUGGGAGGCGUCAUGCCAUCUCCUUAUCAAUAUUACCACGCCUCCAGGCGGAAUUCAGGGGGUGAAAUUAACUUGGCGGUCAGGAAAUCCACGAGAACUUUACAGGAAUUUCACGAAAAACAAUUCGAUUCAAGUACGACGGGAUUUAAGGGAAAAAAAUUAAGAUCUACUCCCUCCGUCCGGAAAUACUUGUCGGAGAAAUGAAUGUAUCUAGAUGUAUUUUAGUUCUAGAUACAUCUAUUUUUAUCCAUUUUUCCGACAAGUAUUUUCGGACGGAGGGAGUACUUUACGACCAGAA